AUGUACAAUCUCUGCUCUGUGAUUGGCUGCGCAGGAGGUAAACACGGAAGUGCAUCGCCAGCUAACCCUGGGAGGCAGAGGCAGUCCGCAGCAAUGUCCGUCGUCAUCCACACUCGAGGUGAAGCGGGUGGUGGGGUGGCCGCCCACCUUCAGUGCCCCCACUGCGGCCAUCUGUCCAAGAGCCACGCCCAGCAGCUGUCCCACCUGGCGGCGUCCCACCCCACCUGCCUGGACGGCGUGGCGGUGGGUCGCCUUGGCAACAUCCUGAUGUACCAGAGCAGCGGGCGGCUCUUCCACUGCUCCGAGUGCUUCUACACGUACCGGGACUUCACCAAACUCUACAAGCACAUCAUCGCCCGACACUGCAUGGUAAAUAGGGAGUGCGGAGGAGGGGAGGAGGAACAGGGAGAAGAGGAGGAGGCUCCUGAAAAAAAGAGAACUACGGAGGAGAGAGACAAGGAGGCUCCUGAUAGGAUGAAAUGUAAGGAGGAGGGAGACGAGGCUCCUGAAAGGAAGAGAGGUGAAACGGAGGAGGGUGAGAAGGAUGCUUCUAAAAGGAAACAGGGCGAUGAGGGUAAGGUAAAGGAAGAGGAUGGAGAAAAGAAAGCUCCGGAAGAACACCAAAAUAUUGAAGGUCCUAACAGGAAGAGAAGCAACGAGGGUGAAGAGGAGGGUGGUCCUGAAAGUAAAAGGAACAGUGAGGAUGCAGGAAAGGAAGAAGAUGGAGAGAAAGACCCUCCUAAAAACAAACAGAGCGUUCAGGGUGAGGAGGAGAAAGAGAGAGAGACAGAUGCUCCUGGAAGAAAAGGGAGCAGUGAAGAUGAUGCGGAGGAAGAGCAGAACACUGAGGUUCCUGCAGAGGUGAAAACCGGCGAUGAAGAGAAGAAGUGCGUGCUGACGUACGAUGGCAUCUUGUUCCACUGCAAAAUCUGCGGCUGGAGCCACAAACAGAAAUCCGUCUCCGUCAGCCACAUCGUGCGCAAACACGAGAUCCCGAAAAUAUACGCCAGCCACGCCCUCACCAGGAGCCGGGAGGUGCAGAUGGGCGGGGUCGAGGAAGAGGACGGGAUAGGGCUGAGCGAGGAGAUGAUGAAGGAGGAGAUAAAGGUGACGGAAAAGUUGGUGGGCUUCGUCUCUCACCGCUUCGUGUGCCUGGUCUGCAACUGGAGGAGCAAACUCAAAGGGUUCGUCCUCACACACAUCGAGCGACACCACGACGUGGAGCGGCGGUACGGCUGUAAGGAGUGCCCCCAGAAGUUCUUCCUGCCCAGCCGACUGCAGCAGCACGUCCGCACCGCCCACCGACCUGGACGCUACGCCUGCCCCUUCUGCUGGUUCCGCUCAGAGUUCCUGGGAGGCUUCAGGCGGCACUGCAGCCGCUGCAACGCCCGGGAGGAGGAGGGAGGCAUGUCUGGAGGAGGGGGAGGGAGAGGGGAGCUGGAGGAAGAGGUUGAGGAGGAGCCAGAGGAGAGGAAGGAGACAAGAGGGAUGAGGAGGCGCAGGAGCUUAGAGAGGAGGGGGGAAGAGGAAGAGCAGGAGGAUGAGGACGACGAUUAACUAGACUGAGUGUUUUCAAACCAUCAAACCUUUUCAUUAACACAAAAUAAAAUGUUUGUUUUUAGAUUUAA